CGCGCUCACGCUCACGCUCUUUGGCAGUGUCGCGCGGACUGUCGGGAUCAUGUCCGCCAUGUUUUCACACCAGCCGAGAAAAAAAAGCCCGUGAAAAAACACCAGAACUCGCUCAGAGAUGCCUUUAACCGCCAGAUUUCGAUCGGAGGGACGUCAGUGAGCGCGGCCGCGGAGAGAACCGUCGGCUCGUGUGUGUAUUUGUACCGAAUGAUCCGUGUUUAGUGUGUUUGUGAUCGCUGAAAACAAUGAGUAAACUCUCGUUCCGCGCGCGAGCGCUAGACGCCGCCAAACCGCUGCCGAUCUACCGCAAUAAAGACCUCCCGGACCUCACCGACUGCGUCUCCAUCAACCGAGCGGUUCCGCAGAUGCCAACCGGAAUGGAAAAGGAAGAGGAGUCGGAGCACCAUCUCCAGAGGGCCAUCUCUGCCCAGCAGGUGUUCAGGGAGAAGAAGGAGAGUAUGGUCAUCCCUGUGCCAGAGGCUGAGAGUAACAUCACGUAUUAUGACCGCCUUUACAAAGGAGAGUUUCGCAUCCCCAAACAGCUCAUCCACAUCCAGCCUCUGGGUCUGGAUAACGAGCUGCCUGACUAUGAUAUGGACUCAGAGGACGAGACUUUACUGAACAGACUCAACCGUAAAAUGGAGCUCAAACCUGUGCAGUUCGAGAUCAUGAUGGAUCGGUUAGAGAAGGCAAGCACCAACCAGUUGGUCACUCUUCAGGAGGCCAAGCUGCUGCUAAAUGAAGAUGACUACCUGUUGAAGUCGGUGUAUGACUACUGGGUGAGAAAGAGGAAGAACUGCCGAGGCCCAUCGCUCAUUCAGAUCAAGCAGGAGAAGAGGGAUGGCUCCAGCAACAAUGAUGCUUACGUGGCCUUCAGGCGUCGCACAGAGAAGAUGCAGACUAGGAAGUAUAAUCGUAAGAAUGACGAGGUGUCUUAUGAGAAGAUGCUAAAGCUGAGGAGAGAGUUCAGCCGAACCAUGAGCAUCCUGGAGAUGAUCAAGAAGAGAGAAAAGAGCAAACGAGAGCUGCUGCAUCUGACACUGGAAGUGUUUGAGAAAAGAUAUCAAAUUGGAGACUUCUCAGGAGAGAUUCUGACUGAGGUCACAGUACCUCUAGCAGAGAAAACCAUUUACCCUGCACCCAUAUCCUUACCCUUCAGUAGUCGGCACAAGGCAGAGAGCAAAAUUAAGUCACACAAUUCUGGGCCCAAACACCUCCACCCCUUCACAGUCAAGCCUGAGCUUCACUUUGACUUUGUGCGUUCCCAUAAAAAGUACAACAAGAGGCCCAGACUUGAUACAUUUCGCCAGCCUGGUCGGCUAGAGCGACAGCAAACCAUCAACAAGGCAGACAUUAAGCAGUAUGACUUCCACAGCUCUGGAGAGGAGGAUUACCCAUUGUCUCCAGCUUCAGAGCCAGAUGAAGAGAAUGAUCCUGAUGGAAUCUUUGCCUUCAGACGGAAAGCUGGCUGCAGUUACAAUGCUCCGCUGGUGGAUCAGAGCUGUUCUCCUCACUGGCAGCAGACGGAUCAGGACCGGCUGUGGCAGCGGAACUGUCUCACCGCUCUCUCUGUGCCCAGACGCUGCAUCGCAGUGGCUCGCGGGAGGGUGGGCAGGGGUGGCAGGGUUGUUUUGGAUCGCACCUCGUCAGAUCUGGACCGUGCCCUCAGGCAUCUGGACCCUGACAUGUUUUAUCCCUCCGCUGACUCUAUUGUGCCUGACCUCCCCGUCCACACAAACACAAACUCUCACAACUCCAGAUCAAGCCCUCAGCGCUCACUGACUCAGCUCCUGAGUGACAUCCAGGCCUGCAGGUGGAAGUUUUUCCGCCCUCGGCCGCUACAGGAGAACUCAAGGGGUGAGGACAAGAAAGGGACUGCGCAGGUGGAAAAAGGUGGAGCGACGCUGCUCUCCAACAGUGUGUCAGGUGGAUUCACAGAAGAACAGUUUCACUCUCAUCAGCAGCAGCUGGUUCAGAUGCACAAACAGUUACAGCAGCAAGAACUCCAGCAGAACUCGACAGCACCAGAACUGCACACACACCUGCCUAACACAGCGUCAUCUGACUGCAUGUCUAAGACUCUAGACUCGGCUAGUGCACACUUUGCUGCCUCUGCUGUGGUCAACACUCCUAACAAUGAAAACAGGCCCCAGAUUGCUAGUGUCAAUGGCGUCCUUCCCAAUUCAGGAAGCUUUAGACAAGCCAAAUCGAACCAUUCUGUACAGAGUGGAGGUGGUGGUGAGUCAGGCUCUUUAGUACGGAUGACGAAUGCAUCUAGCCCACAGCUGCCCGUCCCUCAGUCUCUGCCUCACGGCCACGGGCACCUGAGCACCGUGAGCGCUGUGUCUCCUGCCCACAAGCACCACAGUGCACGCCUGUGCGCCCCUUCACCCUCAGCCUUAAAGUUGGCCAGCGUUGCUAGCAGUCUGGACCGGGUACCCAAAGUCACCCCCACUAGUGCCAUCGACGUUGCCAGGGAGAAUCACGAACCAGAGAGACUGGCUCUCAACGGAUUAUCAGAGACCACAGUCGCCAUGGAGGUCACAUAGCCCAUCCAAAAACACAGAGACUGCAGUGCUGAGAGCUGUGGGCUUCUACACCGACCUAUACCCAAUAACAGCAUAUCAAAAUAUUAAGAAAUUUGUCAAUAUUAUAAGUGUACAUUUUGUAAAAUUGGGAAUUAUCACUACCUUGUAAAAUAGUAUAUUUGUAUCAUUAGUCUGUCAUUUCUGUUACUUGAAUCCUAGAUUGUUUUUUUGUUUUUGUCAUCAUGCUUUUGCACUUGAAAAUGCAAGCAAGACAAGUGCAUCAGUUCAUGUUGGGAUCAUGAGCAUGAAUAUAGGUCCUGCGUCACUUGUUUUAACUAUUUAUUUUGCAAUGUUUACAUUUUUGUAUCUCGUACAAAUAAAUCCAAUUUUGUGACCACAAAAUGCAGACAUAGCUAGUAUACCAUGCUUUGUACUUGUUUCUUUAUAGGAAGAAGAAAGCUGAAUUUGGUUUCACAGAUAUGUACUUUCAAAAGGAGUGAUCUUCCCUCGUGAAAUGUCAACCAUUUUUAAUUGGUUUAUUUUCUUGCCUCCCUCUCCUUGUCUUACCAAGAAUAGUAUGUUAAUUCUGGAGACCAAUGGGCUUCGUCAGAAUGUGCUUAUGAGAAAUAGACCAGAAGAUCUUCAGUUUGGCAUUUACAUCCUGCUCUUCUGACGGAAGCCCUCAUGUCGUUUGUCUAGCCGUUGCUGGUUAACCAGUGUUGAAGGAGCUGUUCAGGGUUCUGACUGGUGUUGUAUUGAAAGUAAACUCUACAGGUCACAAAUGCUGUCAGCCAUCUUGUUUAUGAAUGCUGAAAUUUAUACAUCCUCAGUCCAGUGUCUUCAAAUAAAUUUCCCCUUUUCAAA